GUGCUCAUCCCCAGCCCAGUGCAGUAUUGCAAGUCUAGUUCGUGUUGUGAAAAGUUGCCGUAAAAACGUAAAAUUGUUUGAAAAAAUGGUUGCUCGCGUCUGUGCUACACUGCUGCUGGCUUUGGCCAUGUUCGGAAGCAGCGCUCUGGCCCGCCCGGGAUACGCUGUUGAUUAUUAUGAUCAUCCCAAGUACGCGUUCAACUACGGUGUGGCCGACCACAGCACCGGCGAUGUGAAGUCGCAGCACGAAACUCGUGACGGAGACGUUGUCAAAGGACAAUACUCCCUGGUCGAGCCGGACGGUUCCGUGCGCACCGUGGACUACACCGCCGAUCCGAUCAACGGAUUCAACGCGGUAGUGUCGAAGACGGCCCCGCUCGUCCACGCUCACGCCCCCGUCGUCAAGCACGUCGUCCCGGCGGUGAAGGCCGUCCACCACGUGCCGGCCGCUCCCGUCGUACAGAAGGUCGUCUACGCUCACGAGCCACUCCUUCACGUAGCCAAGACGGGUCACUACACCGAGCACGCUCCGGCCGUCCACUACGGUGACUACGAUGGAUACUACGGACACUACGAUGAUAGCCACUACUACUAGGAAUCUCAAAGCGAGCGCAAGCCGGGCACAUUCGAUCGGUCGGCGUUGGAACCAUUUCAUACACCGGAGAGAAAUGAUUGAAUGCAAAUCAGGUGCCUUUCCGGGGGAGGAUGACGCUGACGCCGCAGCGAAGAUGAGCCCGUCAACACCUCACAUCUUACACAUGUUUCACAUUUUACACCCUCACACAACCAGUAUUGCAUAAUUGCAUUAGUUUGUAUGAUAUUAGGUGCGUAAGUCUACCGGCAGGAGAGCGAAAAGUGCAGGGAAGAUGCCGCCGCAUGUAAAUAAUAAAAUAACGAGGAUGCUGUUGAUAACUGCCUCUUAAAUA